AUGUAUCCGUCCAUGACAGCGCCCCAGAAGCAGCGCCGCCAGGCGACGGCCUGUGACUAUUGCCGCUCGCACAAGGUCAAGUGCGACGCCGAGCAGCCGUCCUGUCGGAAUUGCGUGCGUCGCGGCAUCGAAUGCGUCACCGUGAACCUGCGCAAUCCCGGCCUCGACGGAACACGCCAGCUCCCGCUGGGACGAAGGCGAAAGGAUGCUCCGAGGACGCUGGACAACAGCUCGGCCGUCUGGGGCGAACGGAUCGACACGGCUGCCAGGCCGGCCGACGAGCCAGAAACGGUCAAGUAUCCACCCUCACCCCUGCAGCCAGCAGAGCGCACGUUCGAAGCUCGGUCGCCCAGCAGCAUCCUGCCUGGCGUCUUUACCAGUCCGUUCCACGAGGACACGCGCGACCCGACCGCAAGCGUGUCCCGGACAGGUUCGCCCAGCACCCGGUCGCUCAACAACAGCACCCCCAGCUUGCCACUGCUGGCAGACAAGAACGGCUUCCGGGCUCAGGCCGUCGGCAGCGGCAGCAGCCUCUGUUUCCUGGUGCAGUGGCUGGACCUGUACUUCUCGCAGUGUCCCACCUGGACGCCCAUCUUGCCGUUCAUCCAGCAAGGCCUGGCAUACUCGAUGGAAGUUCCGCUGCCCUUUUCCGUUGGGCCACCCCUGUUGCCAUCCAGCGAGACGGCCAAAAAGUACACCGCCCUGUUCUUCUCCCGAGUUCACCCGGUCUUCCCCGUCAUCAACCGGGAUGCUUUUGAGGCGUCGCUGGACGUCCUCCGUGCAAAGGUCGCCUGUGUACCGAUGAGCCUGGAGUCUCGUGACUAUCCUCUGCUGGCCUGUGCAUAUGCCGUCUUCAGUGCAGCUGCGGACGAAGAAGCUAGCGCGGUGUCUCCAGAGGGCACAAAGUACUUGCAGGGAGCGUACCUUUUAUAUGGUCAACUCGUUGCCACGCCACACUAUACUUCUGUGCAGGCGCUUCUGCUGCUCACGUUGAUCCUCUACAACCGCAGCAAGAAUGGUGCUAGUUGGGGCACUCUGAGUCAGGCAGUCCGCAUCGCCCAGUCCAUUGGCCUUCAUCGACAUGUCCCUCCGUCCGGCUCUGUGCCGGCGACCUUGCCGAUGACACCUGGAAACGCAGCAGACGAAAACUUGUUUUCCCGAAUCUGGUGGGCUGCAUACACGCUGGAGCGCAUGAUGGAGCUGGAGAGUGGACGACCGUCGGCUAUCUACGACGGCGAGUGCAAUCAGAUCAUUCCGACCGUCACGGCUGGCACGCUGGCUCCCGGGUGCUCGUUUGAUUACUUUCGUGCCCUCGUUCAGUUGUCACAGAUCCAGUCCCGCGCCAUCGUUCUCCUCCACAGCAACAAAACACAGCGCAAGUCCUUCCGACUAAUGUUGCGCGAGCAGGGACGGAUCGACCGUGCCCUUGUGGACUGGACCGAAGGCUUUCCAGAGUCGAUUAGGAUGAUUGCCCUGCACCGGCCGGCACUAGUGUCUUCUCCCGGCUUUCUGCGCAACCGCAUCAACGAGUACUGCGCCGGAACUCCUUGGCGAGACCGGCUGCACUUCAGCCUAUGCAUCGGCGUGGCGUCGGCACGUGCCAUGCUCAAGGCCUACAACGAUCUGCUGAUGUAUGUCGGCCCGACGCGUCUCAUCACCGCCAAUCAGAUCCUCCUGGCCACUCUUGUUCUGGGCAUCUAUAUAACAAAGAACCCGCUGAGCCGUUUGAAAAACUCCGACCUAGCGAUGCUUUCGACAUUCUCUGAGAGCAUUGAAGAGGAGUACGUGAUGAUGGGCCAGGACUUGGAGUUUGCAAAGGGCAUGCAGACUCUCCGACAGCAACUUAGCGACAACAUCGGCAGCCACCGACCGGGUCCCCUUGGUAUCGACCAAGUCGCAGAGGCUGCAAUCCAACCGAAGGGGGUGGAGAUGGACUCGCUAUUGCCUGGAUUUGACUUCAACACUACUGUGGACUUCAACACUGGCCUUGCCAAUCUAGAAGACUCCUGGUCGCAUUUGUGGAACGAAGACUUUGGCGGAUGGACGUACAGCAAUGACGAGCAGGAUACGACAAAUAUGUAUGUGUUGGGCCUCCCACAGUCAUGGACAUAA